AUGUCUUCACUUGCUACCAGGGCACAACUGUAUAAUCCUGUUGGUAUUUUUGUUUCAUCAAAUAAUGAAGUUUAUAUUGCUGAUUAUAGUAAUCAUAGAAUUAGAAAAAUAUUAAAAAAUGGAAAUAUUGCAACAAUCGCUGGAAAGGGAACUUGUGGCUUCAGUGGUGAUAAUGGUCCUGCAACAAAUGCACAAAUUUAUUAUCCUUCUAGUGUUUUUGUUUCAUCAAAUAAUGAGGUUUAUAUUGCUGAUCAAAGUAAUCACAGAAUUAGAAAAAUAUUAGAAAAUGGAAAUAUUGUAACAAUUGCAGGGAAUGGAAUUGGUGGCUUCAGCGGUGAUAAUGGUCCUGCAACAAAUGCACAAAUUUAUUAUCCUUAUAGUGUUUUUGUUUCAUCAAACAAUGUAGUUUAUAUUGUUGAUUAUGGUAAUAAUAGAGUUAGAAAAAUACUAGGGAAUGGAAAUAUUGUAACAAUUGCAGGAAAUGGAACUUCUGGAUUCAGUGGUGACAAUGGUCCUGCAACAAAUGCACAACUAAAUAAUCCUGUUGGUGUUUUUGUUUCAUCAAAUAAUGAAGUUUAUAUUGCUGAUCAAAGUAAUCACAGAAUUAGAAAAAUAUUAGAAAAUGGAAAUAUUGUAACAAUUGCAGGGAAUGGAACUGGUGGAUUCGGUGGUGACAAUGGUCCUGCAACAAAUGCACAACUAUAUAUCCCUUAUAGUGUGUUUGUUUCAAACAAUGAAGUUUAUAUUGUGGAUUAUGGUAAUAAUAGAAUUAGAAAAAUAUUAGGGAAUGGAAAUAUUGUAACAAUUGCAGGGAAUGGAACUUCUGGAUUCAGUGGUGAUAAUGGUCCUGCAACAAAUGCACAACUGAAUAGGCCUUCUAGUGUGUUUGUUUCAAACAAUGAAGUUUAUAUUGCUGAUCUUAAUAACCAUAAAAUUAGAAAAAUAUUAGAAAAUGGAAAUAUUAUAACAAUUGCAGGAAAUGGAACUAAGGGAUUCAGUGGUGAUUCACCAUUUGAUAUUAGAAUGUAUCCUCAUAUUGGAAAUAACUUAUUUACUGGAAGUAGUAUCUUGUAUUCUAAAAUACAAGUUCAUAAUUUGUGCAAACAUUCAAGAGAUCAAUUAUUUGGAUUGCAAAUUUAUGGAUUCAUUCCAUUCAUUGAGAAAAUUUCACCACAGUUUAGUAAUAUUUUGAAGAAUGAAAAAAUACUUUGUUUGAUGAGUUCAUCACAACAAGAAAUUAUUCAAAAAUUAAUUGACUCUUUGAUAUAUGAUAAAGAUAAGGUAAUGUUUAGCAAAGAAGAAACGUUGGAUGUUUUAUUCAUUUUGGGUUUAUUCAAGAAUGGUGAAUUUAUUGAUUUGAAAAGAUCAUUGACAAGUGGGUUUGUGAACUCACUCACAUUAGAAAAUCUUCUUUUGAAAUGGGAAACAAUUGAGAUUUUACUGAAAAUUUGCAAGGAAGAAUUCAAUGUUCAAAAUUACAUUCUUGAUCAUUUGAAUAACUAUUGUAUUGAAUAUGCUGUUGUUCAAAUGAAAACCAAAGAAGGAAACGCCUUAUUAUCUACCCUUCCAAUAAUUAUGAGAAAUGGUGCUACCAUAUUUCCAAAAUUGAUCAUUACUCAACCAACUGCAAUUAAUAUUGAGGAAACAAUUGAGAUUAAACCACAAACAAUUGAAUCAUUAUAUAAUGACAUGAAAACAAGUGAUGUGAAAAUCAAAAUGGGACAAAACAAAUACCUAUAUUGUCACAAAACUGUAUUGAGUUUUUCAAGUACAUUCUUUAAUGCACUUUUUGACAGCGGAUCUUGUUUCAGUGAUUUAAGUGAUGACGGAGUAUUCACACUAAACGAACCAGAAGAUUUGGAAUUAUUGGAAAUUGUGAUUAAAUAUUGUUAUGGAAUUUCAAUUGACAAAAUUGAUCCUGUUAAAAGUAUGGGAUUACUUGAUAUGGCAAUGAAACAUGAAAUUCCAUAUCUGGUUGAUUAUUGCAAGAAUAGCUUUAAUCUAUCUAUUGAUAAUUACUUUAAUAUGCUUGAAGUAUGUGAAAAUUAUUUUGAUUUACAACUAUUUGAGCCAUGUUUCAGAGAAUUUGUCAAAUUUAGCAUUGCCAACAGAAAACAACUUUUCAGUGAUCGCGAUAGAAUUUCCAAAUUACCUGAAAAAGUGUUGCAAGAAAUGGUCUUUUCGUUUUCUCAGGACUUUUGA